AGCUGCAGUGAAAGUUAAAACCAGAGAAGAAGAGCUGCUCUUGUGACGACGCUAACCAGCGAUGUCGGAGUCUCCGGACGCACACAGCCUCCUCUCUGCUUCUUCUCAGCUCAACUUGAUGGAGGUGGACACGAUUGAUGAUAAGGAGUUCGACAUUCCCCAAGUGGACACGCCUCCUACACUUGAAAGCAUCCUCAAUGAGCUAGAGGAUGAGGAGGAGCCAUUUCUGUUGGAAGACACCAGUGUACUAAACACAGACAACAUUGAUGCAUACUCCUGUGACACCUCCUCUCUCGCCAGCUCGGACAGUGGAGACCCAGCACACCUCAAAAGAAAGAGGAGGACACAGGAUUUCAAUGCGCCAGUCCAUGGGUCUGUUGUUCGUCAAAGUCUGCUGAAGGGGAUUUCCGCACAGAUUGUCUCUGCUGCCGACAAGGUGGAUGCUGGACUUCCCACUGCUAUAACAGUGUCCGGUGUAAUUGCUGUGGGAACGUCUCAUGGCCUGGCUCUAGUCUUUGAUAACAACCAGGCUCUGCGGCUCUGUCUGGGUACUAAGUCAACUGGAGCUGAGUUUGGAGCUGUCUCUGCACUCAGCAUCAACCAUGAUUGCUCACGACUUCUUUGUGGAUUUGCCAAAGGACAGAUUAUGAUGUGGGAUCUAGCCAACGGGAAGUUAUUAAGAACUAUCAAUGAUGCCCACCCUCCAGGAACAGCAAUACUACAUGUGAAGUUCACGGAUGACCCAACUCUUGCAGUGUGCAAUGACAGUGGAGGAUCGGUUUUUGAGUUGGUUUUCAGGAGGGUAAUGGGAAUUCGUUCCUGUGAUUCACGAUGCCUUUUCAGUGGUUCUAAAGGGGAGGUGUGCUGUAUUGAACCAUUGCGUGCUCCUCCAGACUUCAGGGACCAUCCUAUUACACAUUACUCUCUGCUGGCAAUGGCCUCUCUCACAAAGAUUUUGGUUAUUGGACUAAAGCCUUCUCUAAAAGUCUGGAUGACCUUUCCGUACAGCAAGUCUGAUCCAUCCAGUGUUCCUCAGCUGGCCUGGCAGUUUGUUCCUACUCAGAAGACUGUCAACCCUGUACUGGCUUUUUGUAAAGGGGAUACUGUCCACUUCCUCCUGGUAAAGAAAGAGGACACGGGUACCAUCCACGUCAUCAAACAAAGACAACUCAACCUCAUUUGUGACAUCAUAAGCUUAAGUUGGAUAAACAAUCGCACUCUGGUCCUCGUAGACAGCCAUGAGAAGCUGCAGGUUGUGGACCGGCCCAGUCAGGAGGUUUUGGAGACCUUGGAUUUAGAGCAGGUUCAACUGGUCUAUAACAGCCGGCAUUUCAAAUCCCUGGCCACUGGAGGGAACGUGUCCCAGGCUCUGGCUUUGGUCGGAGAAAAGGCCUGCUACCAGUCAGUCUCAAGCUAUGCGGGGCAGAUUGUCUAUUUGGGCACCAAGUCUGCUCACAUUAUGGCCCUAAGGAACUGGAGAGAGCGCAUAGACUGUCUGUUGAAGCAUGAGCAUUUUGUUGAGGCCCUCUCUUUGGCCUGGUCCUUCCAUGAGGGAACAGCUAAGGCUGUGGUUGGCCUUUAUGGAGAUCCAGUGAAAAAGAAGGGAGUGGUAGCUGAUAAGAUGGUAGAGAUCUUUUUCCAGUUUUCAGAGUAUUCCUUAAAGAAGUGUCCAGACCAAGGCAAGAUCCAAGUAAUGGAGCAGCAUUUUCAAGAUGUAGUUCCAGUCCUGGUGGAUUACUGCCUGCUGCUUAAAAGGGCCGACCUGCUGUUCAACCAGCUGUAUUCUCAGCUGGCGGAGAACAUGGUUGCCAAGGGUGUCUUUCUGGAGUCAUUGGAGUCAUACAUUGUUGCUGACCGCCUUGGUCACCUCACCACACCCAUCAUGAGGGACCUCCUAGCCCAUUACCAUAGCACUGGUAAAAUGGAAAGCCUGGAGAGAUGCAUUGUUCACCUGGACGUCACCAAUCUGGAUAUUCAGCAGGUGGUUCAAGUCUGUUGGGAGAACCAUCUCCAUGAUGCAAUGAUCUACGUUUUCAACAGGGGAAUGAAUGACUACAUAACACCUAUGGAGAAACUCUUUGCAGUGAUUGGGCCACCACUUAAGUAUGGGAGGAGCCUAACAGAUGAGGAAGUGGUGAUGGGGAACAAACUUCUGGUUUACAUAAGCUGCUGUCUUGCAGGCAGGGCAUAUCCGCUAGGCGACAUCCCUGAAGACCUUGUAGUUCAAGUCAAGAACCAGGUGUUUGAAUUCCUUAUCCGUCUUCACUCAGCUGACUCGUCAGAGGAGGAAGAAGUUUUCCCAUUUAUUCGUUCACUCAUCCACUUCGAUACCCGAGAAUUCUUUAAUGUCCUUGCCAUGACAUUUGAAGACUUCAAGAAUGACAAGCAGGCCCUAGAAUACCAGCAGAGGAUCGUGGACAUCUUGCUUCAGGUGAUGGUGGACAACUCAGACUUUACUCCUUCCCAGGUCGGAGGGCUCUUCACCUUUUUGGCUCGCCAGUUAGCCAAGCCAGAUAACACACUAUUUGUGAACAGGAAACUCUUUGAUCAGGUUCUAGACUUCCUGUGUUGCCCAGAUGAUGACUCCCGACACAGUGAGAGGCAGCAGGUUCUGCUGGAGUUGCUCCAGGUUGGGGGUGUCAUCCAGUAUAAUGAGGAAAGACUAUUGGCUUUAGCAGAAAAGGCCAAAUUCUAUCAAGUCUGUGAAUUUCUAUAUGAGAAGAACAGUUUGUAUGACAGAAUUUUUGACUGCUACCUGAGAGACCCCCUCAGAAAGGAGGAAAUCUUCAGCUACAUCCAUAAUCUGUUGUCCAUGCCUGGCUACAGUCUCAAGGAGAAACAAACUGUCAUGGAAAAAGUAUUACAACACAUACAGGAGCUGAUAACCCUGGAUUCAAGCAGCUCCGCCGACCUAGUGUUGUUUCACUUCCCUGAAGAGGUGCAGCAAAUAAUCUCUGAGCUCCAGGAUGACCAUUUACUUAUGGAGUUCCUCAGUCAUCUCCUGAAACCAAGGGAAGGUCAUCAUUCAGGGACCAUCCUGCCAGUGGAACAUGAGCUUCAUGAGCUUCUGCUGGACUUGUUUUGCCGCCUUUCCCCUCAGCAGAUCCUGAAAUUCCUUCAGACUUCCCAGCACUACAGACUGGAGGAGGCCUUACAAAUAACAGAAAAGUACCACCACAAAGAGGUCUCAGCCUAUCUGCUGGAGAAGAAGGGAGAUUUUCAAGGAGCGUUUUCUGUCUUGUUGGGGUUAUUGAAAGAAAAACUGAGUCUCCUCACGACUGAGAUUGAAAGAGGAGUUAAUGGAGAAGAUGAAAGUCUAAAUGAAGAGAAGGAAGACAGCAAAUCCACGCUGACAAUAGUAAAGGAUUCUCUUGACAACAUCAUAGACUUGUGUAAUCAUAGCUCUGAGAACCUUUACCAGCAACAAAGAGAGGUCCUGUGGUUUCCACUUCUGGAGACAAUGAUGUUUUCCCAGAAAGAAGUGAAGGGGCUUGGUUCUAUACACACAUUUGAGGUGCUGAGGGAGCUGACGAUGAAAGUUCUUAACUGCAUGAGCAGCUUUAUUUCUCUUCCGGCCAUCAUCCAACGGAUUCUCCAGGACCCUGUUUAUGGGACAGGAAAACUGGCAGAAAUCCAAGGUCUCAUACUGAGUAUGCUGGACACUUUUAACUACGAACAGACUCUACUUGAAACAACCACCAGUCUGUUGAACCAGGACCUUCACUGGUCUCUGGCUCACCUGCAUGCUGCAGUCACAAAGGGACUCCACCCACGACAGGACUACUGUUACAUAUGCUUCCAGCAGUACAAAAGGAGGCAGGACUCAGUUGAGGAGAUCAUUGUGUUUAGCUGUGGUCACCUGUACCACUUUCAGUGCCUGCAGCAGAAGGAUUGUGAAGGGGCGGUCUGUGCUUCAGAGCAGCAACAGAGUUGGAGCUGCUACAAAUGUUCCUCCAGCCAAGGAGGAAGGGGUGGGCCUUUCACCGAACCAAAAAGACUUCCCAGUACAUCCCUGGCACAGACUUGUGUUACAUCAGUGCAUCAUGAUGCAGGAUCAGAGGCUCACGGGAAAAAGGUGUUUGUUGAGGCAACGUUGAGCCUUCAGCAGGAACAGUCCUGGGAUCAAUUGAGCAGCUUAUAUAGAGGACCAUCCAGGUUGUCCAUCCUUUCAGAACUCUCCUACUACCAUAGUAAUGAGAAGACAGGGCUCAUUAUCCCAGGCCAACCAGGAGCUGAAAACUUCCAACUUAAACUUUCUCCUCCGCCUCUGUUGGAAGAGUAGCGCCUGUCUUGUCGAGAAUCGAUUUCACCUUAUUUGUCUUGACUGAAGUGAAACUGCAUGUUUCAACUGUAUAACUGUAAAAAUGUUUUAUGUUUAACAAAAUCAACAUUUGAUUAGAAGUCUUAGUUGAGCCUCAAUUUAAUUUUACAUUGUUUAUUUUUCACUUGUUAUGUUUAUGCUAGUUGAACAUAUGGCUUUACCAAUUAAUGAUGGUAUGAUGAAAGAAGAGAGAAAUUGUACUCAAUUUUGUUAAGCAAGUAGUGUAAGUGAUAUUCUAUCUAUAAUAAGAUACUUUCACUGCUAUAUUUUAAUGAUGUAAUUAUGAAACAAUGACCAAAUUCUUUAUAUGAAAUGUAAAAGCUUAAUGAUGUAACAAUGGGAAAUAUUAGCAGUGCCUAACCUUUGGUGACUGAAGAUGUUCAUCUCCAUCUAGAGAGUUAUUUUUCUUUAUUUGGAUCAAACAAUUAAAUUGCACAUCGCAGAACAGGAGAAAUUGUUUUAAUCCUUAUUAUUCCUCAUGAUUCAAAACAAUCCUAGGGAGAAAAUUCUUUUGGGUUUGGAUGCAAAAAAAACUGUUGGUUGAGUAUUUUGUCAUUAAAAAAUGUGUUUUGUA